AUGAGUUCAAAUCGGCAACCACAAGCACGCCAUCGGCAUCAACAUCAACGUCAAGCGUCACAAGCACGCCAUCAGCAUCAACAUCAAGAUCAACAACAAGCACCUCAUCAACGUCGACAUCAACAUCAACCACAAGCACCUCGUCGACAUCAACAUCAACCACAAGCACCUCGUCGACAUCAACAUCAACCACAAGCACCUCGUCGACAUCAACAUCAACCACAAGCACCUCAUCAACAACAAGCACUUCAUCGACAUCAACGUCUACCACUACAACAACAGAAUCAACGACCACAAGUACCUCAUCAACUUCAGCUACUACCACUACCGCACCAAUCGGUAAUUAAAAAGUUUAAUAAUUAG